CCGGGCCGGAGCGGGCGCAGCCGAAGCCGAUCGGAGAACGGGUUGCUGGGGUCGGGGGGGCGCGAGGCAUGGCGCAGGGGACUCAAGAGGGUGCUCGGACCAGAGGGCACGGCGUGGGUCAAGGGGCGGCGGCGAGGAUGCCUGGGAGUUGCGGCUCAAGCCCCGUCCAGUGCAGAUUGAGGGGAGGUCCCCCGGCUCACACCGCCCGUCCCGCGCAGAUGGCGGCGGCGGCGGCGGAGGCGGUGCACCACAUCCACCUGCAGAACUUCUCGCGGUCCCUGCUCGAGACCCUCAACGGGCAGCGGCUGGGCGGGCACUUCUGUGACGUGACGGUCCGCAUCCGAGAGGCCUCGCUGCGUGCCCACCGCUGCGUGCUGGCCGCCGGCUCGCCCUUCUUCCAGGACAAGCUGCUGCUCGGCCACUCGGAGAUCCGCGUGCCACCGGUGGUGCCCGCGCAGACGGUGCGCCAGCUCGUCGAGUUCCUCUACAGCGGCUCGCUGGUGGUGGCGCAGGGCGAGGCGCUGCAGGUGCUCACCGCCGCGUCGGUGCUGCGCAUCCAGACGGUCAUAGACGAGUGCACACAGAUCAUCGCCCGCGCCCGCGCCCCCGCGCCAGGCGCUCCCGCGCCCCCGCCCGCGCCCGUGCCGCCGCCGCUGGCGCCCGCGCAACUGCGCCACCGCCUGCGGCACCUGCUGGCGGCUCGGCCCCCGGGUCCCCCCGGCGCCGCGCACCCGCGCAAGCAGCGCCAGCCGGCGCGCCUGCAGCUGCCCGCGCCCCCCGCGCCCGCCAAGGCGGAGAGCGCGGCCUCCGACCCCGCGCUGACCGCGGACGACGGCGCGGACGAUGACGACGACGAGGCCGACGACGAGACCGACGGCGAGGACGGCGAGGGCAGCGGCCCCGGGGAGAUCCAGGCGCCCCCCGCCUUCCCCGACUGCGCCGCGGGCUUCCUGCCCGCCGCGGCGGAUGGCACGCGGGAGGAGCCGUCCGUGCCCGCCGGCCUCUCGGAUUACAGCGGGCCCGGCAGGGACUUCCUCCGGGGGACCUCGGCCGCCGAGGACGUGUUCCCCGACGGCUACGUCUCCGCCUGGCAAGAGGGCGAUCAGGCUGCCCCCGAAGGCUGUCCGGCCGAGACCCCUGCCCCUCCCGACUGCGUCCUGUCGGGGCCCCGCCCACCUGGCGUGAAGACCCCCGGGCCGCCCGUGGCGCUUUUCCCCUUCCACCUGGGAGCCCCCGGGCCGCCGGCGCAACCCCCUCCCGCGCCCUCGGGGCCGGCCCCCGCGCCCCCGCCCGCCUUCUACCCAGCGCUGCAGUCGGACGCAGCUCCCAGCGCGCCACUAGGGGAGGCCCCGGCCCCAGCGGCUGCGCCCCCCGUGGCCCCCUCGACCACUCCCGCGCGCGCCCCAGGUGCCGAGCCGCCCGCCUACGAGUGCAGCCACUGCCACAAGACGUUCAGCUCUCGAAAAAACUACACCAAGCACAUGUUCAUCCACUCGGGGGAGAAGCCCCACCAGUGCGCCGUGUGCUGGAGAUCCUUCUCGCUGCGUGACUACCUGCUCAAGCACAUGGUCACGCACACUGGCGUGCGCGCCUUCCAGUGCGCCGUCUGCGCCAAGCGCUUCACGCAGAAAAGCUCGUUGAACGUGCACAUGCGCACCCACCGGCCGGAGCGCGCGCCCUGCCCCGCCUGCGGCAAGGUCUUCUCGCACCGCGCGCUGCUGGAGCGCCACCUGGCCGCGCACCCUGCGCCCUGAUGCGGGCCUGGGCCCUGUCCGCGCCCCGUGGGGUUGGCCUCGCCGCUCCGCUGGCGGCCGCGUCCACGACCGACGUCACACCUGUCGCGGCCUCUUGGCCGCUUUCUCGCCGCCGGCCCGCGCUGUCCCCGAGCGCAGGCCCUGCUCCUGCCCACCCUGUUCCCCAGCCCCGCCUGCUUCGUUCCUCCCUUCCUGCGUACUUGGCCCUCAGGGUGGGGGCCGGCUGGGCGUGAUCAGGGAUUCUACAGCCUCCGAGAACUGGAUCAUCUCCAUGCUGACCUAGGGCUCGGCCAUGGAGCCGGGCCCAGGAUUCACGGUCCCGACUCCAGUUCACGCCGCCCCGGCUCCAGGGAGUGGGGUGCGAGCUGCUCCUCUGACCCCGUGCCAGGCUACGAGGUCCCCAGCGCCCCGAUCCGAGCCACCCCUCCCUCAUCUGGCACCUAGGGCAUCGCCACGGACUGAGGCCCGGCCUUGGGAGCCCUGCUCUGUAAUAAAGGACUGGGGACCGUGGGGUCCAAACCCAGAA